GAAUCAAGUGUGUACGAGAUAGAAUUGCCAAAUGAUUUACGGCAGCGGAGAGUACACCUGCGAUUCCAUAUAUCGAAGCUUCGGCCCCACGUGCCGAAUGACGACGCCAAGUUCCCGGGUCGCGAAGCCACGAGCUUCUACGACUUCGGGCAACCCGAUGAGCUCGAACGAGAAGUCGAGGAGAUUGUCGCCCAUGAAUGGGACGACGAUGAAAUAUUAUUUUUAGUACGAUGGACCUUCGGCGAUAGUUCUUGGGAACCAUGGGUUAACAUAGAGAAUUUGGCCGCGAUAGACAGAUAUUUCGAAGCUCAAGGGGUAACUACAUAUCAAGAAUUACCUCGGAAUCGU